AUGACAAACAUCACUCCGUUCAAGAUUGACGUCCCCGACGCCGCCAUCAAGAAGCUCAAGGCCAAAUUGGAACUGUCUGACCUUCCCGAUGAGGUCGACUUCUCAAAUGACUGGGACUACGGAGCACCCCGUGACGACAUCCUCCGCCUCACCAAGUACUGGAGAGACGGCUACGACUGGCGCGCUCACGAAGGCAGACUCAACGCCGAUUUGCCGCAGUUCAAGACGACUAUAGACGUAGACGGCUUUGGAAGCCUCAAUGUCCACUUUGUACACAAGAAGAGCCCGAGGCCAGGGAGCAUUCCGCUCCUGUUCUGCCACGGAUGGCCAGGACACUUUGCAGAAGUCGCCAAAAUCCUGCCGCUUCUCACAGACGCCAACGACGGGCCGUCGUUCCACGUCGUCGCACCGUCUCUCCCGAACUUUGGCUUCUCAGGCGGCGUCAGGAAGAAGGGCUUCAGCAUCCCCCAGUACGCAGAGGCUCUGCACAAGGUCAUGCUGAGCCUGGGAUACAACAAAUACGAAUGGAGAAAUCAGCCACCUAGACAAUUCGCUAACCGCGCAAAUGCAGUCACCCAAGGCGGAGACUGGGGCUGCAUCAUCACCCGCCUCAUCGGCGUCCAAUACCCAUCAUCCUGCCUCGCCUCCCACGUCAACUUUGUCCACGCGCAAAACCCUCCGGGCCUCUCCAAAUCCCCCGUCCUCUACCUCCAGCACAAGCUCACACCAUACACAGACGUCGAAGCCGCCUUUCUCGAGCGGACCAAGUGGUUCCAGACAGAGGGUUUCGGGUACUUCGUGGAGCAGAGCACGCGCCCGUCCACCAUCGGCAUAGCCCUCGCCGACCCCGUGGCGCUCCUGGCCUGGGUGUACGAGAAGCUGCACGACUGGACGGACAACUACCCCUGGACAGAUGACGAGAUCCUGACCUGGGUGUCCAUCUACCAGUUCUCCACGGCGGGCGCGGCGGCCAGCGUCCGCAUCUACUACGAGUCCAAGCACGCCGAGCUGGCGAGGGUGGAGCGGGGGUUCGGCUACGUGCCGAAUGUGCCGUUGGGAUUGUCGUACUUUCCAAAGGAUCUGAUUCUGCGGCCGAGGACGUGGGGCCGCGCGUUGGGACCGGUCGUGUUUGAGAGUGUUCAGGCCGACGGGGGCCAUUUCGCAGCUCAUGAGAGGCCCGAGGCGUUGGUGGCCGAUUUGAAGGGCAUGUUUGAGGGGGGCGCGAAGCAUGUUGCCCAGCGGUUUGUGUAG